UUGCACUUUGAACUUGUGCUUCUUCCGUCAAAGUGUGUCAAACUUGAAUACGCGUGUUUCGAUCUAUAUAUCUGCACUGGUGGUGUUUGCCCUAAAUUGCCAUUCAAUACUCUCUGCUUGACUCAACAUAAGGUGCGCGCUCUUAAGCUAUAAAGUAGGUAGAAUGCUGCAACUGUAAUACUAGCCGGCAACAGGGGCAACAUUUUGCCACAGUAUGAAAGUGUUCUAAGGCAACUCGUAUUCUCAUCGGUAUGACUGUUAAUUGGCAGCUCUGUUCGAUGUCUGCUUCUUCACUCGCACAGCUGACAAUGAACUGUAGCGUGUUAUUGCUCUUCUAUCGCACUUGCUUCGAACAUUUGUCCCCCAGAAUGCACAAGUCCUCGCGAAACCGAAGCAGCCACGAGAGCAGCUGGACCCCUCUCGUAUAUUUACUUAGAUUAUGCUGCCGUUCGAAUACGAACGCGAUUGCGAAUGCGAAUGCGCACUCUAGUCGAACAGUUUCAUUGAUAAGAAAGCAAGUGAAAGUCUCUCGGCAGAGACACGAGAACGUCCGCCAGUACACAAUUGUCCGUCGCUGUCGCUGCAGGCAGAGCAUUGCGCAGAGCAGCGUGAAGUGUGUGCAGUGUGAAGAUUGUAUCUGAAUAGUGCGAAAGCUCUGACGCGCUAUCCGUGUAGCUGUAGACGCGGCUUGCAGCACACGUUGUGCUGUAAUUAAUUUAGUUGCGUGGCUUAAUUUUGUUGCCGCUGUUGUCGCUUUGAUUGUUCAAGUUGCCGUUCGCUUUUUAGCAGUGUAUGCCUGUGUGUGUGUCCGUGUGUUUAUCCCUGCAGCUGCGCGUGCAUGUGUGUGUGUAUGCGUGGGCGCUUUUGUAUCAAUUAACGGUAUAAGCAAGGCAUCGUUUUCGACGCUAUUGUUUUUGUGCUUCCUUGCGUGCUUCCUUCACCCGCAGCUCGAGCCCGUGUCCGUGCCCGUGCCAAAGGCAGUAUUUAGACAACAUUAUCAGCAGGCAAACGACAGGAAAACAGCAUCAUGACGCACUGGGAGGACUUCUACAAUACACAUCUGCCACCCGCAGACUUCGAGGAUAAUCGUUCGCUGCUCAAGGAGUUCUGCGAGCGACACAAUAAGCUCCAGAACCGCAUUGUGCUCGUCACGUCGGGCGGCACCACUGUCCCCCUGGAGCACAAUACGGUGCGCUUCGUAGAUAACUUCAGCGCAGGCACGCGUGGUUCGGCGAGUGCCGAGUACUUCCUGGAUCAUGAUUAUGCCGUUAUCUUUAUGCAUCGCCACAAAUCCCUGGAGCCCUUCACGCGCCACUUUACCGGGCAACAGUUCUUCGACAUGCUCGACAUAGCGGACAACAGCCAGAGCUCCACGAUUGCCAUUAAGCCGGACUCGGUGGAUGUGUUUGCGCCCGUACUGGCGAAAUACAAGAUUGCGCGCGAGACCCAAAUGAUUCUCUACGUCAACUUCACCAGCGUCGUCGACUACAUGUGGCUGCUGCGCGCCGCCUGCGAGUGCCUGGCUGCGUUCGAGGAGCGCGCCGUGUUAUAUUUGGCCGCUGCCGUAUCAGAUUUCUACAUACCCGAGGACAUGAUGCCCACACACAAAAUGCAAUCGGGAGAUGGCGCACCGACCAUAUCGCUGCAAUUGGUGCCAAAAAUGUUGGCGCCGCUCGCCAGUCUGUGGGUGCCACACGCUUUUGUGGUGUCCUUCAAACUGGAAACGGACGAGAACCUAUUGAUUGUCAAGGCACGCGACAGCCUCAACAAAUACAAGCAUAAGUUGGUGAUUGCCAACGUCCUUCAGACACGCAAGCACCGCGUUGUCUUUGUAACUCCAACAGAUUCCUAUGAGCUGCAUUUGAGUCGCGAGCAGGCGCUGCAGGGCCUGGAAAUAGAGGAGCCCAUUGUGGCCGAUGUGGUGCAGAAACACAGCGACUUCAUCAGCAGCGCCCAGCAGCGACAAUGACCGUUGUCGAUGCGCCGCCGGCAACACCAGCAACAGCAACACCAACAGCACCAACAGCACCAGCAGCAGUACCGCCAGCUGGCAAUUGGCGGCGGCAGCAGCAGCAGCAACGAUGACACCGCCGAGGCAACGGACUAUUGCGUGACCAGUUCGCAUUAUUGUCGCGUCCUAAAUCCUGGCACGCCAACUUUCGGCCGCAAAUAUUGAGCAGGUUAUAGCGCCAAGUCCAUUUGCAUAGCCCUUACCUUUAAGUUGUAGUUAUCUAUACUAUUUAUGGUUAAUAUCUAUCUAUUUAUGGUCACGCCCUAGUUAGCCCGACCAUAAUUGAUGGAGAUGAUGGUGGUUAACAUGUUUUGUGUUUUGUAUGUAUGUUUUAUUUUUUGUACUUUUGUUGUUCGUGUACAUUUGGUUUAUUGCUGCCUGUUUGAAAAAUGAUGUCACCUACAUAACGAAUUGUCUUUUCCUACGCUCGAAUCCCAUUUUGUCAUUGCUGUCAUCAAGCAUACGCACCGUGUUUCCAGCACUUUGGCAUUAAUCUGAGAUCAUCAAUUAUCUGUUUUGUUUAUGCUUGAAAGGGGGCAGAGCAUCGCGUAACUACCCACCCACCCACUCACACAAACACACACACACACCCCCACAGUGUGCACCUACACUUAUGCAACGGCUUCAUGAAACAGCAAUUUGCAGGCUGGCCCUGGCGGCUGUCGUUUGCAGGCAUUGCGACAAUUGAUUUACAAGCCGUGCAUAGCAAUAACUACAACAACAGCACCAACAUAAACAACAACAGCUGUAGCAGGACCUGCCAAAUGUCCUUGGCUGUGGAAAUUUAUAGUGGCGUAUACUUAAUGCCUUGACGCUUGUCUGGCUCAAGCAGGUCAAGUGGCGUCUAAAGGUCAGUUUCAAAUACACUACACAACACACUUAACGCACACACAUACACACACACAGCAUGAACUUCUGACAGCUGCCAGCGGCAAAUUAAAAUUUAAUUGGGUAAAAAAAAAAA